UGGCGGGUUCCGGAACUCUGUCGCUGAGUCACCGUGGAAACAAAGACGCAACAGUCUCUAAACUCUCACCAUGUGGUUUGCUGGAGUCGGAUAUAAUCCAGUUUAUUGUCCAGGGAGCAGGAUCUUCUAUUCUUGCACUGCAUCCCAAUAGUUUCGAUGUGAGAUCCCAGAUAAUACCUCUCCCUUUAUGCUCCAAUCACAUCACAUAUUUAAGCAUUAAUGUUUCCCCUCAGCCUGUCAGAACUGGUUAGUCUUAAUUUCACUCCAUUACUCAAAACAAUAAAUGAUGAUCUUCAACAUUGGAGGAAUUUACCACUGUCCAUUAUGGGUAGAAUAUCAUUCAUUAAAAUCACUAUACUUCUUAAACUAAACUAUUUAUUUUUAAUGAUCCCAUUACAACCACCCUCACUUCGUUUAAACUUUGGACUCAGUCAAAUUUGACUCGAAAAAAGACCCUAAGAAUUAAAUUAACUACUCUACAGAAACCAAAAAUACAAGGAAAGUUGAAAGCAGCACAUUUUUCCAUUACUCUCUGCCUACUAAUCUUUAACAGAUAUACAAAUGGAUUCACCCAAACUCAUCAGAAAAUAUAUGGUUAGUUAUUGAGCAAACAAUUUACAAGGACAAUUGAAUUUCAGAUUUACCAUUCUACAGUUAGACAAUCAAAAAAUACACUCCUGUAUUAAAGCACUGACUACAGCAGUAGCUUUGACAGCCUGGUGGAAAUUUUACCAAAUUACAAACACUUCUCAUGCACCUAAAUACAGCCCCAUAUGGAAUAACCCAAAAUAUACAGCUAAUAAAAAGCCACUUAACCUACACACUUGGGCAGAAAAGGGCAUUACACAACUCUAACACUUCUUUCCUAGUAAUAAUCUGCUCUCAUUUUCACACUUAGUGCUGAAAUACAGCAUAAGGUGUUAUAGUUUUUUGGAAUAUCUAUAAAUAAAAUCAACUAUUCAAUAAAAAGUAAAUAAUAUUUUAUUUUUAUUUUAAAAUAAAAUAUUAAAAUAAUAAUAAAAAUAAUAAUAGAAAAACAUUAUUUUAAACCCCGCCCACUUUUUUACAUUUCUAUACUACAUGUACUUUGUGCUGCUCUGUGUAACAUUACAACCUGCUGAUGUUUACACACUGCACUGAUAUAAUACUGAGACUGUAUUUUCUGUGUGUGUGUGUGUGUGUGUGUGUGUGUGUGUUUAUUUGAGAUGUCAGUGUUCUGAUUUAUCAUCAUUUCUCUCCCUCUCGGUCGAGUUAAACAUGCUCCUGAGGUUCCAGUGACCACUGUUCCUGGCCCACUCCCCUCCGUGGAUCUUCACACUUCUGUGCAGCUUGGGACGGUAUUAUAUGUGUUACUGUGAUCUCACAGAGGAAAGUUGUAGAUUUCUGUCCUCAGUUCUCAGUUCAAACUCCUCCAGUCUGAGAGAACUGGACCUGAGUUACAAUAACCUGCAGGAUUCAGGAGUGAAGCUGCUCUCUGCUGGACUGGAGAAUCCACACUGUACACUGGAGAUACUGAGGUUGUAUCGGUGUGAUCUCACAGAGGAAAGUUGUAGAAUUCUGUCCUCAGUUCUCAGUUCAAACUCCUCCAGUCUGAGAGAACUGAACCUGAGUGGGAAUAAACUGCAGGAUUCAGGAGUGAAGCUGCUCUCUGCUGGACUGGAGAAUCCACACUGUACACUGGAGAUAUUGAGGUUGUGUUGGUGUAAUCUCACAGGUGAAAGCUGUAGAAUUCUGUCCUCAGUUCUCAGUUCAAACUCCUCCAGUCUGAGAGAACUGGACCUGAGUGAGAAUAAACUGCAGGAUUCAGGAGUGAAGCUGCUCUCUGCUGGACUGGAGAAUCCACACUGUACACUGGAGAUACUGAGGCUGGAACGCUGCAGUAUUACAGAUGAAGGUUGUGCUGCUCUGGUUUCAGCUCUGAGGUCAAACACCUCAUCACACCUGAGAGAACUGAAUCUGAAAAAGAAUGAACCAGGAGACUCAGGAGUGAAGCUGCUCUCUGAUCUACUGAAGGAUCCACACUGUAAACUGGAGACACUACAGUUCUGAUCUGAGUCUCACACACAGAUGAUUAUGAGGAGAAACUCUUACAAAAACACAAACAUGAUCAAUACGUAAUGUAUUGUAUGAUAUUUGUUUUAAAUUAAAUGUAAAUGUGAUUUGAAUAAAGUAUUUUC